AUGCUUGCUCUUUUCUAGUGUUUUCAGACUUGAACCCGCACGUGUGUUCCGUAGUUCAGCUGCAAAAUCAUGGAUAAAUCUGUCGUUUUGGCUCGUGUGAUCAAGGUUCUCGGUCGCACCGGUUCCCAGGGUCAGUGUACUCAAGUGAAAGUCGAAUUCAUCAGCGAACAGAAUCGUCAGAUCAUCCGCAACGUGAAAGGUCCGGUACGUGAGGGUGACAUCUUGACGCUACUCGAGUCUGAACGUGAAGCCAGAAGAUUGAGAUGAACAGCGGAACAUGUUCCGAAUUAUUUUAAGGUCAACUUUAGCUUGAUUCCACAUUGUUCCGUAUGGUCAAUAUCGGUUAUAUUUUCAAUUCAAGGAAAUAUCGUCAAAUAAAUUAAUGUGAAAUCA